AUGGAUAGCGAUGACCCGGUCGAGCCAAGUGCAGGGUGUUUACGCGCCCCGGCAACCAGCAACUGCCGAUGCUACGGAACAAGUUCGAAGGUCUUCUGUCAUUUGGGUAUAAUAUCAACGAUUGGUGUUGAGCGUGCCCCAGCCGUUAUUGGACGACCCCCUGCUGCAUCUGUGACAAUUGCCGGAGUUCCGGAUGCGGCAGGCUGUCGCGCACAUGGUUCAUUAAUGAAAACCCCAGCGGCAAAGCCCGGCCAAGUGACGUCUACGCAGCAGGCAAGCGCCGAGCCAGCUAUUCAUGGCCUUUUAGGACGCGGGGAGGUGGAGGGGGGUGGGGGGCUUGUCAGCUGUGAAGAGGCC